AGGAGGGAGAGCGGUGGAGCCGAACAAACGAGAUGAGCGGAGAUAAGAGGGAAAAGGCAGACAUGGCCUGGCUCCAUCAGAGCCGAGGUUCUCCCAGACUGGUCCUGGUGGUGGUGUGCGUCGCUCUGCUGCUCGACAACAUGCUGCUGACUGUGGUCGUGCCAAUCAUACCAACGUUCCUCUACGCCAUGGAACAUCCAGAACCACAGACGGCCCCGCCCUCGCUGCUGGCUCCGCCCAGCCUGGAUGCAUCACCGCUGGACAACCUCCAGACCUCAAGCUGGACCUACCAGCUCUCCAGACCCGACCACAGAGCUCUGAUCCUGGGUACAGAGGCCCAGCAGAGCCCACAGCCGCCUCCUCUGGUGUCCCUGUUUGACAACACCACCUUCGACCCGGAGGAGACAACCCCCGACACCAGUCCUACGGGCUGGACCGGGCCCACCACAGAACUGCUGCAGGUCAACGGGACCGCCAACGCUUCGGAGUCUUCCUGUCUCCAGGACAGUCUUUUCCUGGAGGAGGAGAAUGUUCGCGUUGGUUUGUUGUUUGCCUCCAAAGCUCUGGUCCAGCUGCUGGUCAACCCGUUUGUCGGCCCGCUCACUAACAGGGUCGGUUACCACAUCCCCAUGUUUGCAGGUUUCAUCAUCAUGUUUGUUUCCACCAUCAUGUUUGCGUUCUCAGGGACCUACGCUCUGCUGUUCUUCGCCCGCUCGCUGCAGGGAAUCGGCUCGUCCUUCUCGUCUGUCGCAGGUCUCGGCAUGUUGGCCAGCGUGUACACCGACGACGAGGAGCGAGGCGUGGCCAUGGGCGUGGCCCUGGGCGGGCUGGCGCUGGGAGUCCUGAUUGGAGCCCCGUUUGGCAGCGUGAUGUAUGACUUCGUGGGGAAGAGCGCCCCCUUCCUGAUCCUGGCCUUCCUGGCCGUGUUCGACGGAGCGUUGCAGCUGUGCAUCCUGCAGCCCUCAAAGAUCUCUCCUGGGAGUGUGGAGGGAACACCUUUGCUGACUCUGUUGAAAGAUCCGUACAUCCUCAUCAGUGCAGGAUCUCUCUGCUUCGCCAACAUGGGCGUCGCCAUCCUGGAGCCUACUCUGCCCAUCUGGAUGAUGCAGACCAUGUGCUCCCCGAAAUGGCAACUCGGUAUGGCCUUUCUUCCAGCCAGCGUCUCUUACCUGAUUGGAACCAACCUGUUUGGAGUUCUAGCCAAUAAGAUGGGACGGUGGCUCUGCUCCAUGUUGGGGAUGUUCAUCGUUGGUGUCAGUCUGCUGUGUGUUCCUUUUGCCACCAGUAUCUAUGGUCUGAUUGGUCCAAACGGAGGUCUUGGCUUUGCCAUAGGUAUGGUAGACUCCUCCAUGAUGGCCAUCAUGGGUUACCUUGUGGACAUCCGCCACGCCUCCGUGUAUGGCAGUGUGUAUGCCAUUGCUGAUGUGGCGCUGUGUAUGGGCUUUGCUAUAGGGCCGUCCACAGGGGGCGCUCUGGUCCAGGCGGUGGGUUUCCCUUGUCUUAUGGUAUUUAUUGGAGUGAUCAACAUCCUGUACGCUCCACUCUGCUUCCUGUUACGAAACCCGGCUGUUCGAGAGGAGAAAAUGGCGAUCAUCGACCAGGAGUGUGCGAUGCACAGGAAAAACUACAACACCCACAGGGAGAGUCGCGAGUUUCCUCUGAGCGACUACAGCGAAGAGGAGGAGACUGAAGAGUGAUGCCUGUGUUUGUGUUGUGACGUCGUCUGUCAACAGAUUGUUUACGAGCCUCGUCUGCAGGUUUACAGAGUUACUACCGGGAACACAUUUAUGCAAAAUGGUUACCUUCAGCUGAUGUUUACGAAGCCCCGCCCAUUUUUGUAUAUGUACAUGCAUGUUCGGUUACCCUCCCCCCUAACAGAAAACAAAACUCUUCAACAGGC